AUGGCAUCAGCCCCUGCCUUUGCACCCCUCAUAUUGUGGACUCUUCUCGUGUUUCAAUCAUUUGAGUUUGGCCAUUCUGAAGCUUUCGCCAAUGUGAGCUGCUUUGGUACAGAGAGAGAAGCUCUCUUGAAAUUCAGGCAAGGUCUCAUCGACCAUUCUAAACGCUUGUUAUCAUGGACUAACAAGGACUGUUGUGAGUGGAAAGGAGUCGAAUGCAACGAAAAGAGUGGCCAUGUUUUCAAACUCGAUCUUUGUAAUCCAUUCUGUGAGACCCUCCCCAACGGAUAUGUCUCAUGUUCAGAUAAGAGCAGCUUGGCAGAUGGUCAAAUUCUGAAAAACUUCAGCAGUCUCUACAAGUUGCGUGUAUUAGGGUUGGCGUAUAAUAGCUUUGAUGGAGACGUUGGGAGCAUCAUCCAUGGUCCUUUGGAGUCGGCACAAAGUGACUUGAGAAUUUGUGAUUUCAGUGCCAAUAAUUUCAGUGGCCAUAUACCAAACCAAUUUGGGAGUUUCAGGGAUCUCGAGUACCUAAGUCUAUCAGAAAACUCAAUGUCGGGACCUAUUCCGGUAACUUUGGGGGAGCUAUCAUCUCUAAGAGAGUUGGAUCUCAGCUACAACAAAUUGAGUGGAAACAUCCCGGAAAGUAUUGGACGACUAUCUAGACUAGAGAGUUUUUACAUAUUAAAUAAUUCAUUGGACGGAGUUGUUGGUGAAUUGCACUUUGCAAAUCUCACGAGCCUGACCUAUUUGUUCAUUUCGGCUAAUGAACUUGUUUUAAGUUUUGAUCCCGCCUGGGUUCCUCCAUUCCAACUUCAAAUGAUUGGCAUGUCAGAUGUUGGUGUGGGACCGAAAUUUCCAUUGUGGCUUCGAACACAAAGGAAUAUUUCAGUUUUGUUCAUGGCCAAUGCAAACAUCUCAGAUGAAGUUCCUAAUUGGCUUUCCGACAUUUUACUUAACGUUGAAUGGCUUGAUCUCAGUAAUAAUAUGCUCAAAGGCCCCAUUUCCAGAAUGGACGGAAACAAGAUGCCACUGUUAAGAUAUCUUUUUCUUUCUGGUAACAAUCUCAGUGGCAGCAUACCGAAUUCUCUAUGGGCAAUGGAGAACCUAUAUUAUCUUAAUCUGUCAAAGAACCAACUAUCCGGGACACUACCCUCUCUAAGCCCCAUUUCCAGAAUGGACGGAAACAAGAUGCCACCGUUAAAAUAUCUUUAUCUUGCUGGUAACAAUCUCAGCGGCAGCAUCCCAAAUUCACUAUGUGCGAUGGAGAACCUAUUUUAUCUUGAUCUGUCAAAGAACCAUCUGGGAGACUACCCUUAUGUCUGA